AUGGCUGGGGUGACAGCCCUUGGAAAGAAGCUCAGGGCCAGUCAAGAUGAUUUUGAUUUAGCUGAUGCCCUUGAUCACCCAGAUGACAUCAUCACCAGGAAACCCACAGUGAUCAGAAGACCGACAAGACCUGUGUACAACAAUGAUCUACAUUUAGGAGAUGCUCUUGGUGGGGGUGACAUCUCAAGAAAACCUUUAUACCCACCUCUUCCACCACGCCCAGGAAGCUAUGGCAAUUCUGGAGGUUUUGAUGACUCAGAUCUGAUUGGUGGAAAGCCUUUACCACCAGCUUCACCCUCUAUUCCAGGAGAUCAGGAGCACCAUUUCAAUCAUGGAGCGAACACAGAUUCAGGUCUAAUUGCUGGAGUUACAUCUCCUGUAAUUUCUGCUUUUGUGAUACUGAUUGUUGGAUCCAUAGCAGCCUACACCGCUUACAAGAAUAAGAAACUCUGUUUCAAACCACGUGCAAAGUGA